AUGGAUGCUAGUGCAAUCGAUUCAAAUUCUUACCCCCAAAUCGAAAAUUCCUUUGCGCCUCAAAGAAUAAUCACUCAUAAUAACUGGGCGGGUCCCUCUAUUAUACCAGACAAUGAAGGAUUGUUUCCAGACGACAUCCCCCAACCCAACUCUACCAACUCCUACGCCAAUCAGAUUCCUCCCAACGACAUCCCCCAACCCAACUCUACCAACUCCUACGCCAAUCAGAUUCCUCCCGAUGUGUUCGGCUCAGGCAUAAAUGACAGCUGGGCAGGUUCUUCCCCCCUGCUAGGCAAUGAAGUCUUACAGCGAUUUUUUCCAGACGACAUCCCCCAACCCAACUCUACCAACUCCUACGCCAAUCAGAUUCCUCCCGAUGUGUUCGGCUCAGGCAUAAAUGACAGCUGGGCAGGUUCUUCCCCCCUGCUAGGCAAUGAAGUCUUACAGCGAUUUUUUCCAGACGACAUCCCACAACCCAACUCUACCAACUCCUACGCCAAUCAGAUUCCUCCCAGUGUGUUUGACUCAGGCAUAAAUGACAGCUGGGCAGGUUCUUCCCCACUACCAGGCAAUGAAGUCUUAUAG